AUGAAACCUUCCAUCUCAACUUGGACGCUGAUCUUUCAUUUAUUCAUUUUCGCCAAUGUAAUUUUCCCGACAAACGGUGAUGUUGAUGUGAACGCUCUUUUUAACUGCCAAGAUAAACCUAAGAAGCAUCAAACGGUAGCGGAACGAGAAGCAGAAUUAGAAGCCGCAUUCACGAACCUUGAAGACGAAGGAUUCAGAUAUCCGGCAGAAAUUGAACGAGAAGCUCGUCUUCUCAUGAAACAGCUUCAUCUCCAACAAUGCUCACAUCUUGGAAUUGUCAAUCUGCUCCUUAGAAACGACUUGAGUGCGAUCAAUCAGCUACACUACAUGAGAAUCAUGGAAGGAAGCAAAUCGCAGGACAAAAUCAAUUUCGUUCCACAAGACUACGGGAAAUCGAGAAAACGUCCGACAAUCCAAGUGGAUAUACCCAGCCUUGAGAACGAUUUGUCUCACCAACCGACAGAAACCGUCAGUGCUCAUUCAGAAUCAAGUGAUGAGCUCAGCCCAUACUCCACUCAGAACUCUUUGGACCCCCAUUCCAAGACUUCGGAAGAAAAAGUGGACGUUUCUAUUUCUUCCGAUCCAGUUCAAAACGAAAGCAUGUCGACGGUCUAUUCCAUCAUUGGCUUGGUUAUCUCUUCCCUUUGCGUUUUCAUUUUGGUAGCCACAACCGCCUAUUUCGCGUUCAAGGCCACAAAAAAGGCAAAGUAUGCUAUUGAGAUGGUUUGA